AACCGUCAUUGGGAUCAUCAUGAUUGUAACAGUUGAUUUUCUAUUUAACGAAGACAAUCUUCCGUAUUUAACAGAUAAUGAAACAACCCAGCGGAAAAACAACUUCCUCUGUAAUGUAUUAAAAAUCAUAUGGAUUAAAAUCUUAAUAAAUAAAAGCUGCAGUUACUCUAAUAUAGCAUGGGAAUUUUUCUUAAAGGGAUAUCAACACUUUUCUUUGUAAUAUUUCGUGCUUAUGCAUACGAUAACUUAUCCCAAGGACGUUCCAUAUUCGUUUAUAAUAGAACCAAGUUAUCAAUUGGAACAAGCACAUAUGAUGCAUUUUCAUGUUUUUCUGUUGAACACUUUGAAAAUUUGACAUGGAUUGUCGAUCUUCAAGAUGUCCGAAGUGUGUACCAGAUUGAAUUUACAUUAGACUCACCGACAAGAUUCUUUGGUUUGAUCUCAUAUGAAUUGACGGGACUAUGGUCGUUAUUCAUUUCUAAUUCGAGUUCAAGUGACAAAGGGAUCAUAUAUGCUUCAUCAAGAACCUUCAAGACCAAACAAACAACUGUUUUUGUAAACAAAAAUUAUCAUGGCCGCUAUGUGGUUUUUGAUUACGAGGCCGAUAAUCGAAAUCAAAGUAUUAAAAUCUGUGAUGUCAAAAUAUUAGGAUGUAAAACUGGUGUGUUUGGAAGAAACUGCGAAUUUAACUGUUCGAAGAACUGUAUAGGGAAAUCAUGUGACAUUAUAGACGGAAGAUGUCUGACUGAGAAAUGUAAUAUAAAUGAACAAAGAAUCAACAAUACUCUGAAGAAUUGCAAAGAUGUAGCUAGAACAAACUUGACAAGAACAUAUGAAGACUUAAAAAAUAGUGCCAAAAAAUGUUUCAACGUGACUGAUGAGUUGUGUACUAAAGGAUUUAUCAACAGUAACAUGAGUGAGAAGAAAGAAGGUGGGUAUUCCUUGACACAAGGUGAAAGACUCGUCGACGCUAAAUCAGACGUUUAUGGCUUGGUGGCAACACUUACAGUUUCUAUUCUGAUAAACUGUGUGUUCAUUACGUUAUAUUGUAAAAGCAGAAUCAUAUUUAGAAGAGGGAAGAAGGCUACAGUUCAAGACACACCGAUGUAUGCUAAUGCAAUACCAAUUGCAGAAACAAGAAACGAACAGGCUGCGCAAGAACAAGAAUCAAGAGAAGGGAAAAUAUAUUAUGAAAGAAUAAAUGUCAGCUCCAGUGAAGCGGAGAAACACGAUUAUGACUCAUUAAGAAGUUAAAAGAGGGAAAAAUGUAUAAUAUAUAUCUAAUUUGCAAAACAAACAAAAGCCUACUGUAAAUAUACUAGAAACAAACACUUUUGCCACAUUUUUACAUCUUUCAGUUGACACAUCCUGAGUUUUUUUUUCAUUUACAUUCCUACAUGUAAAAAUGCUUAUUACUUCUGAUAAGAUAACUAAGAAUUCUGCACAUGUCCUAUUAUAUAAAUAUGUGAUUCUUAAUAUUAAUAUUUUAGAAAACACUU